AUGCCGGACACAUUCUCACUCAUAAAGAACCGGACAGAGCCACGGCUGGGGCAGCUAGAGCGCACACUGGCCACGGAGGGGAGCGCCCGCCCCGCAUGGGUCAUAGCAAUAUUGGCAAGCGUGUUGAUCUUCACCACGGUAGUGGAUGUGCUGGGGAAUCUGCUGGUGAUAAUCUCGGUACUCAGGAACCGCAAACUGAGGAACGCGGGUAAUGUGUUCGUGGUGAGUUUGGCAUUCGCUGACCUUGUGGUAGCGUUCUACCCCUACCCACUGGUUCUGUACGCUCUUUUCCAUGACGGAUGGGCACUAGGAAACACGCAGUGCAUGGUCAGUGGUUUCCUCAUGGGUCUGAGCGUCAUCGGCUCCAUUUUCAACAUCACUGGGAUUGCAGUAAACAGAUACUGCUACAUCUGUCACUCAUUCUCCUACAGUCGGCUGUACAGCUAUCGCAACACUCUGAUCUUUGUUGCCUUAAUAUGGCUGCUCACAGUAGUGGCCAUUGUCCCGAAUUUCUUCGUCGGUUCCCUACGCUACGACCCGCGGGUCUACUCCUGCACCUUCGCCCAGAAUGUCAGCAGUUCCUACACAGUGGCUGUAGUGGUGGUUCACUUCCUGGUUCCCAUCGCAGUCGUUACCUUCUGUUAUCUACGCAUUUGGGUACUUGUGAUUCAGGUACGUCGUAAAGUGAAGACUGAGGACAGCCCUCGACUCAGACCCAGCGACAUGCGGAAUUUCAUUACCAUGUUUGUGGUCUUUGUGCUGUUUGCCAUCUGCUGGGCUCCACUUAAUCUGAUUGGCUUGGCGGUGGCCAUAGAUCCGUCCCGUGUGGCUCCCCGUAUCCCUGAGUGGCUUUUUGUGGUCAGCUACUUCAUGGCCUAUUUCAACAGUUGUCUGAAUGCCAUCAUCUAUGGCUUGCUUAAUAGGAAUUUUAGGAACGAGUACAAACGCAUUGUCACAUCUGUUUGGGUGACUCGGCUUUUUGUGACCGAGACUUCACGGGCCGCCACGGACGGCAGGAGCAUGCGGAGCAAGCAGUCACCGCCACUCAACAACAACGAGUCAAUGCAACCGCAAUGCCCAGAGGACAGUUUGAGUAACAUGAACCAAAAGGAAAUCUGUGGAAUGUAA